AUGGAUUUUGGACGUCUUCUCAAUGCGUUAUCGCCAAAUGGGCGGGCUCAUAGACCCCCAGUAGCAACAGUCAAUUCGGACCUAUCAAAUUUUGAUGCUGGCCUCUCUGAUGGGGAACCGACACGAAACCCGGGAGAAGCACCACCAGACACUGAAGGAGAAGAAGAGGAUCCCAAAGAAAUCUGGGACGGGACCAAGCCAGCGAUUGAGGAUCUCAUCCAUCUGGACAAUACUCACUGUAGAGCCAACUUCAUUGGGCCAACGGUGGAGACAGAACACGAUCUCUUAGUCUGUGGAAAGGCAACCCGGCGUUGUCGAGAACACAAGGACGAACGCAAAGUGAGCAGAGCAGAACCACAAUGGCUUCUACGCGUUGAAUCUGCACAUUUAGAUAAGAACGGGGAAUCCGUCUUCCAUGGCAAACGAAAUGGAUUCCGAUGCUCUGAGGAGAGGAUGGAGGCGCGCCUUUGUCUUGAUCAUGUCAGGCGCUCAGAUGACGAAUACCCACAAAGCAGUGGAGUGGAAGAGAGCGAAGUGGAGUCAGAAAGAGAGACAGACGAAUAUCAGUCACGUAUGGAUAAGAUUGCGGCAGAGAUUGCAAGAUUGGAACAGGAAGCUCUUUUGACAAAGCUCAAGGCCAAGCAAGCUCUCUUGGAAAAAGAUGCCUUCCCGGCAGGCCAACCAUCUCGAAAAUCACCGUCCAAGAGAAAGAAGAAGACCCAAUCUACGCCCAAGAAACCGACGCCAAUCGCCCGUAAGAAAAAUCCCACUAAAAAGCCAACAAACAAGUAA